AGUCAGUCUCAUUUGGAAACUCAUCAUCAUGAAGUUGUUGGUGCUGUGUGCUGUGCUCGCCGCCGCGGCCGCCUCGGUCGUUAAAGAUGACGUUUUUGGUUUCACCAUCGCUAAAGACACUUUAGUGACUGUGGAUGUCAAGACUAAGGAGCUAUGUGUCUUGAAGCUGCUCAACCACAUCAUGCAACCGACCAUGUACGAGGACGUGCGCGAGGUCGCCCGUGAGUGGACCAUCGAAGAGAACCUGGACAAGUACCUGAAAGUCGAUGUUGUGAAGGAUUUCGUCCACAUUUUCAAGAUGGGUAUGCUCCCCCGCGGCGAAGUAUUUGUCCACACCAACGACAAGCACUUGAUAGAAGCCAUCCGAGUGUUUAAGCUCCUUUACUUUGCCAAAGACUUCGACGUGUUCAUUCGUACUGCGUGUUGGCUUCGCGAACGUAUCAACCCCGGUAUGUUCGUCUACGCCUUCACGUGCGCCAUCUUCCACCGCACGGACUGCCGUGGCAUCACCGUGCCAGCGCCUUAUGAAAUCUACCCCUAUUUCUUCGUCGACAGCCACAUAAUUAACAAGGCUUGGAUGACUAAGAUGACCAAGGCCGCCUUCGACCCCGUCAUCAUGGACUAUUACGGAAUCAAAGUCACUGACAAGAACCUUGUAGUUAUCGAUUGGCGCAAGGGGCUCCGUCACACGUUGAAUAAAGAAGACAAACUCGCCUACUUCAGGGAGGAUAUUGAAAUAAACACCUGGAUGUACUACCUGCACAUGAAUUUCCCCUUCUGGAUGACCGAUGACGUAUAUGGGUUGAACAAAGAGCGUCGCGGUGAGAUCUUGAUGUACGCAUAUCAGCAGUUGCUCGCCCGAUACCGCCUGGAGCGUCUCAGUCACGGCAUGUGCGACAUUAAGAUGUUCAUGUUCAAUAAUAUACUCAAGGAAGGCUACUGGCCCAAGUUGCGCCUCCACACCGGAGACGAGAUGCCCGUUCGCUCAAAUAACGUUAUGCAUUUAACCAAGUACAAUAUCAAGGAAAAACUCAUGAUCGAAGACCUGGAAGGCAUCAUUCGUGAAGGCAUCUUAAAGGGCAAAAUUGAGCUUCGCGACGGUACCACCAUUAACCUUAAGAAGUCUGAGGAUAUCGAGUACUUGGCUCGCUUGAUCCUCGGCGGUCUGUCCAUCACCCACGACGACGCUAAAGUUAUUCACCUCGUCACACUUUUCAAAAAGUUUUUGAGUUACGAGCUCUACAAUACCAACAAGUACACCUACAUCCCCACUGUUCUGGACAUGUACAUGACUUGCCUGCGUGACCCAGUCUUCUGGAAAGUAAUGAAGCGCAUCACUGACUACUUCGUCUUAUUCAAGAAACUGUUGCCUAUGUAUACACGCGAGGAGUUUGACUUCCCCGGAGUGAAGAUCGAAUCUAUCACUACCGACAAGCUGGUGACUUUCAUCGAUGAGUAUGACAUGGACAUUACCAAUGCUAUGUUCCUUGACGAAACUGAGAUUAAGAAGAUGCAUUCCGACCGACUAUACGUUGGCCGCAUGCGCCGCCUUAACAAUCACCCUUUCAAGUUCAACAUAGACGUCGUAUCCGACAAGACCGUCGAUGCCGUCGUGCGCGUAUUCCUCGGACCCAAAUUCGACUGCAUGGGCCGACUCAUGAGCGUUAACGACAAGCGCAUGGAUAUGGUAGAGAUUGACAACUUCGUGUACAAACUAGAGACUGGCAAGAACACCAUAGUGCGCGAUUCCAAGGAAAUGCACAAUAUGUUCAUGAACAGGCCAUGGACGCGUACCAUCUGGGAUAAGGCUUUCGAUACCAACAUCAUCAAGAACGACAAGAUGGUCGACAACUGGUGGUUCAAAAGUCGCAUUGGCUUUACAACUCGCAUGUUGUUGCCGCUCGGUAAAAAGGGUGGUUUGGAUAUGCAGCUAUACGUCAUCGUGACGCCCGUGCGCACUGGAUUGUUGCUCCCCACCGUUGACAUGACAAUGAUGAGGGACCGUCGCGUUUGUUACUGGACCGUUUGCGUUGACACCAUGCCUCUUGGUUUCCCCUUUGACAGGGAAAUCGAUUUGACUCGUUUCUUCACCAGCAACAUGAAGUUCCAUGACGUGAAGAUCUACAGGAAGGAUAUGAACUUGGCCAACAACAUCAAGGACAUGGAUAUGACCGACAUGGUGAUGAAGCGCGACGACCUCACCUACUUGGAUACGGACAUGCUCGUCAACUGGUCCUACAGGGAUGUCAUGAUGAUGAGCAUCGACCACAUGACGCGUAUGUAAGGAGUAGAUGUAAAUAAUUGAUGAUGAGGAGAAUAAAUGCAUUUAAUUAAAA